AUGACCACAACACCAGAAUUCGCCUAUGGCUCCGGACCGCCCAAACCCGUCCCACCGCAGAAACCCGAGGAGAUCGCACAAGGCAUAACAUUACUCCGACCCCUAUCACGAAAAGGCCAUGGACCCGGCUUAAUCAUUCUCGCACCACCACCAGCCCAAGAUAAUAACAAUCCAACAACUUCGCCCCCGGAGAUACAAAACGGCAUCCCCUCCCUCCGCAUGAAAUGGGCAGAAGAAGGCUAUUGCGUCGCACAGAUUCAACCUCAUGCCUCCUCCUCUUCUGCUUCGUCUUCUUCCAGUGCUCUGCAAAUUGCAGUCCAAGCUUUACAAGCCUGUGCCGAGUGUGAACCAAAGGAGCAAAUGGGAAUUAUUUGCUAUGAUUUUGAUAUAUGGUUCAGUGUUACACAUGCUGCUGCGGCUCUCCCAGAACAAAUCGUCGUCGCAGCUAUUUAUGCGCAUAUUUCGCAAUACCAACAUCUUGUAUCCUCUCCUCCUCCAGCCGAUGGUAGUAGUGGAAAUGGUAGCAAAGGUGUACUACCAACAAUAUAUCAUCUCGCUGGCACCACAUCAUCAUCUUCUGCAACCACCACACCAGCACCGAAAACAGCAGCAGCGCCCCCCAACAGCAAAAUCUACGAAUAUCCCUCAAUGGAAACUUCCUCGUUCGCGGUGCCGUUUAGCGAAGAAUUCGAUUAUGCGACCGAAGCGGUUUCGCAUUCGCGGAAUUUGGCAUUUGUGAAAAAAGUCAUGGGGGGACCGUAUUUUGAUUUGGAAUUGUUGUGGGAGGAACAUACGUUUUAUGAAUUUGGGAGCAGGAGUGUGGAGAAUACGAUGGCGACCAUGGUGGAGGAACCUUAUGUUAAUCAUGUUCCUACUCUCACGGGCGGAAUCGGACGUACGAAUCUCACCAAUUUCUAUCGCGAUCACUUCAUCUUUAGUAAUCCCGAGGAUACGACGUUGGAACUCAUCAGUCGUACGGUCGGUAUUGAUCGCGUCGUGGAUGAAUUUAUUUACAAAUUCACUUUUACCAAGACACCGGAUUGGCUUUUCCCCGGAAUCCCUCCAACACACCAAUUCGUCGAAAUCCCCAUGAUGGCCGUCGUCAACAUUCGCGGCGACCGUUUAUAUCACGAACACAUCACCUGGGAUCACGCCUCCGCUCUACGACAAAUCGGUGUGUUGCCGGAGAAAUUGCCGUUGACAAUCACAACUGAAGAAGAAGAAGAUGAUGAUGAUGAUGAGAAAAAGAAGAACAAAAAGUACGAAAUUACUUUACCCGUCGCGGGAAAAGAAACAGCAAUGAAGAUGCGAAAUAAGAAUUCGAUUCCGUCAAAUUCCAUGUUUGAGUAUCAGGCGAGGGAGAUUUAAAACUUGUGGUGGAGGUGAGGACACCAGGGAUUGGGGGGUUUGUCAUCAGAGGUGAUGAGGUGAUUUGAGAAGAAUGAG